AUGUCUGUAAAUAAAUGGGAGGUCGACGAUAUUGAUAAUGAUUGUUAUUUCAAAUCUACGAUACAAAUUGAAGAAAAUCAAGGUAUAGCACUUAUUAAGGAUGAAUAUUUGAAUACUCUUUCUACAGAUUUUGUUAGAUCAGAUUUCGAUACAACGAGUAUUAAUAAUAAAGAAACACCAGUUAGAAAAACAAACACCGUGGUUGUAAUUAAACAGGAGGUCGAUGAAAUCAAUAAUGAUUAUUUUUUUGUGACUGAGAUAAAAAUUGAAGAAAAUCAAGAUUUAGCUGUUGUAAAAGACGAAUAUGUGGACACUCUUUCAACUAGCAAACCAAACACAAUGUCUGUAAAUAAAUGGGAGGUUGAUGAAGUCGAUAAUGAAUGUUAUUUCAAAUCUACAAUACAAAUUGAAGAAAAUCAAGAUAUAGCACUAAUCAAGGGUGAAUAUGCGAAUACUCUUUCUACUGCUUUUGUUGCAUCAGACAUCGAUACAAGUAUUAAAAAUAAAGACACAUCAGUUAGAAAACCAAACACCGUGGCUGUUACUAAACAGGAGGUCGAUGAAAUCGAUAAUGAUUGUUUUUUUGAGCCUGAGAUAGAAAUUGGAGAAAACCAAGAUUUAGCAGUUAUCAAGGACGAAGAUGUGCAUCCUCGUUACACAAAGUAA